AUGGGAGACGUCUUUCCCACCGGGUAUUUCUGUGCCUCGCGCUUCUUGCAACCCUUGAAGCCGGAGGUCGCAAAAAAAACCGCGGUUGUUGUUGUAGGGUGUGGACCUGUUGGCAUUUGUGCCAUUGCCUCUGCCUUGACGUGGUCGGACACAGUUUACGCAAUCGACAUGGUUCCCGAACGUCUCGAAGAGGCGGCGAGACUUGGAGCGAAGCCGCUAUCCGGAGAUGUCGUCGCGGCUGUGAAGGCGGCGACUGAUGGACGUGGGGCUGAUGUUGUGCUGGAGGUGGUGGGUGGACCUGAGGCGUUCGCGCUUUGCUUGGAAAUGGUUCGCCCAUUUGGCCAUAUUAGUAGUGUCGGCGUCCAAGCCAAGCCGCUGACAUUGUCUGGGCCCCUUUUAUACGGAAAGAAUGUAACCAUAGCGUGGGGUCGCUGCCCCGUUUAUGGAAUCUUUGAUGAAGCAUUGCAGUGUCUCAUUAAAGUGCAGGACCAGGUGGCAUUUCUCUGCGAGAAGCAAAUGAGGCUGGAGGACGCUGUGGAGGCAUACGAGCUCUUCAACGCCCGCAAGGAGCACAAGAUCAUCCUCACUCCUUAG